AUGAACAGACAAGAAAUAAUGAACAUGAAACCAGAAAAGAAAAUAUCAAAUUAUGGUUUCAGUCUAAAGGCAAUUCUUGGUAAAGGCUCUUAUGGAACUGUCUACUUUGGUAGAGAAAUGAAUACUUGUAUAAUAUAUUCUAAUAAAAAAUAGAACUUCCAGUUGCUCUAAAGGUCAUUGAUCAUUCCAAAACUCAAAACUAUACCUAAUUAUAUUCAUCACUCCAUAAGGAAAUAGAAAUUAUGAAAAAAUUAAAGCAUUCCAACAUUGUUGAAUUAUAUGAAGUAUAUUCUACACCAAAUAACACAUAUUUGGUAUAAGAAUAUUGUAAUGGACCUGAUUUAAAAUAGUAUUUAUAAGAAAAAAAGAUAUUGGAAGAAGAUCAAGCUAUUAAAAUGAUUAAAUAAAUAGCAAAUGGACUAAAAGAAAUAGUUAGCAAUAAUUUUAUACAUCGAGAUCUUAAACCAGCUAACAUUUUGAUGCAUGAUGGUUAAUGUAAAAUAGGAGAUUUUGGAUUUUCAAGACCAUUACCAUCAGAAUGUGUGAUGGAAUCUUUAGUAGGAACUCCUCUCUAUAUGGCACCUUAAAUCUUAACAAAAUAAUAAUAUACUUCAAAAUGUGAUGUAUGGUCAUUAGGACUAAUAUUUUAUGAAAUGUUAUUUGGUACUCUACCAUGGAUGGCCACAAACUAUAUGGAGUUGAUUUAUAGAAUUAAUAACUGCAAAUUGACAUUCCCAAAAAAUAAUAAAAUCUCAAAAGAAUCUCUCAGCUUUAUUCAAGGAUGUUUACAUAAAGAUGAAGUUUAAAGAUUUAGUUGGAAUGAAGUCUUUCUACAUCCUUUAAUUAAACCAUAAAUGAAAAUUCCCAUAGAUCCAGGAUUUAAUGAAAUCUUUAGUCCAAAAUUUUCAACUCAUAGACAAAAUUAAUCUAAUGAUAAAUCUGCUCUACCAACUCUUAGAGAAAGAAGUUGUUCUGGAAAGAAUCCACAAAAUAAACUUAUUGAAUAUAAGAGUGAAAUUAAAAUAGAAUAAAAAUAAGAACCACCUCCUGCAAGUUCUAGUUAAUAAUCAACUGAAGGAGAAGAAAAUACAAAAGUAGGAAAGUACUAUCUACCUAAAUAAUAAGACAAAUUAAGAAGGACAAGAUCAUAAUUUGAGAAUAUUAAACCUAAUUAAACUGAAAUUAAUCCUAAAAGGUAGAUCUAAUAACCUUUACCAUCUAAUGGGAAUCUAAUUAAAUAGGCAUUUCCAAGUAAAAAACGUAAUCUUUUCGAUUUAUUUAAAAAAAACAAUGUUUGCAAAUUGAAGUCAAAUUCUGAAGUGAUUAUUUAAUUGCUAGACCUAAUUGCAUCAUUAGAAAAAGAAGUAAAAAAUUAAGAUAUGGAUUUGGAAGCCUUCCUUAAUAAAGAAAGAACUGCAAUUACUAAUGGACACUAAAAUUAAGCUAUAAGAAUUAAAAUUGCUUAAUAAUAUCUUAAUAAACUUGAAGGUCGCAAGAAAAGGAAAUUAGAAACCUUUAUUACAUUAUUACAAAAAGAUCUAGAAAAUGAAGAAAGCCCUUUUAAUUAACCAAUAUAAAAUAAUGUAGCAUCACCAUUAUAGUUUCAAUCUUGA